UCUGGACUCGGCGUCAAGUACACUCUCACGGACUUGUCCCCGUCGAUGUUGGACUUUGCCAAGAAGAACAUCCCGCCGUCGCGAUAUUCGUUUCCCCUCGACUUUGUCGAAGCAAAUUCCCAAGAGCUCCAGUUUCAAGACGCGUCGUUCGAUCGAUACAUCUCGACGUUGGUGUUGCAGCUCGUGCCGGACGCGGACGCGAUGUUGCGAGAAUGCCAUCGCGUGCUGCUUCCCGGUGGGCUCGCCGGGUUUGUCAUUUGGGGCCGACCAGAAAACACGCCGUUCUUCCAACUGAUGGCUGCUGCCAACGAAAAGCUCGGGGCCCCGUCCGGUUUUACGUCCAACUACGCGUUGGGCAGCGACCUGUCUGUCCUCCAAGCAAAGAUCCAUGCCGCCGGGUUCGCUGCCGCGACUGCGUGGCCAUACGUGUCUGUCGUGGAGAAGUGGGAUGCUGGCAAGUACGCGACGCUCGUGGGCCGCCUCUUUCCCGUCGAAGACAAGGACGUUCAUGCCAAACGCCACGCGAUUCUGGUCGACCUGGCGUCGGCCUGGCUCGCCAAAGGACAGCCCAUUGCCAUGGAAACGUACCUCAUCGUGGCCACGAAGUAG